UUUGUUAAUUUCAUGUAUAAAAUGAUAGACGAUUGCUAAAGCUUCUUUUUUUUAAAGAGGAAAAUAAUCAAAUGAUCUUGUCCCGGGUGGGGCAAGAGUGAGUGUCGGACUCCUUGUUUCUAAAAACCUUCGUACUUUCUCCUACUCCGAGACAGGCCUUGGUACAUCAUUGUGCUUGUACCCGCAACCCGGCUUGGCAACGGCUCUAGGGCCCAGUCUGUGGUGGUCUAAAUGCUCAUCGAGGCGCGCGCGGUACGCUACGCGCCGUACGCUCAGCUCUUGUUCUGAUCGGGCAACAUGCUAACCUUGCUCGCCGUCCGCAGACCCGUGCUUACGGAGGUUGGAGAUCGUCUCGAAAUCCCUAACGCCUGGAGUGUCCCCUUUGGCGGCUUUUGGCGUGAGUAGGAACCUUCACUUACGCGCUCCGCAUCCUCCUUAGCAAGCAUGACUGCAUCGCCGAAGGAGGAGACAGCUUCCCAGUGCCUCUUGCUCCGCACCAUGGCCUGAACUAAGGACGGGCACGAGGGGUUGCCGCCGCCGAUGGCUACCCUGAGAACACGGUGGAGCUCAACCCAAACUGGGCACUCCGCAACCGUAUGCUCCACCGUGUCCUCUGGUUGGUCGUUGCAAUGUGGACACCCGGGCGUAUCGUCCCUCUGAAUGCGAAAUAGGUACCUUCCAAAAUUUCCGUGUCCGGUAAGCACCUGCGUCAGGUGGAAGGUAAGGACGCCGUUGCGUCUCUCCAGCCACUCCUCAAACAGGGGUCUUACUACUGCGAUAGUAUGAGCCCGGCCUUCUCGCCACGGUCUGAUCUGGCACAGCAGCGGAAUUUGGCCUUGGCGAUAAGCUUCAGCGCGUAAACUGAAGACGUGCGCAAGCGCCUUAGUCUCUAGGUUCCAUGGCGGUAAUCCGGCAAGGAGGUUCGCUGCCUCCCCGGAAAUCGUGCGCUACCGACGGAUUGAUGCCGAUGGUAACCCUUUCUGCCGUUUUUCGGGACCCACCUGGAUGUGGCGCAUUCCGACGGCCGUAAAAGCUCAUGACCUCGGAUUUAUGGAGUGCCACCUCGAGUCCUAACUGCCGAAUCUUAGAAACGACUGUUUCAGCUACACAUGCCACCAGGUUGGCCGCGGUGCGACCUUCCAUUCGCUAGCACCAGCCUAACAAAUCAAGCUUUGCGAUAUCCAGAGACAUCGCCACAACAACCCUUCCUCUGGCCACUGGAGACCCCGUCGUGAGGUCUCUCACGCACAUGAUGGCAUCUACCGUGGAACACCCUUUGCGGAAGGAGAACUGGCUGUCUGCUAGAUCCGGCCCUCUGCCUAUCAGGUGUGCGACGAGGCGUUUCGAAAGUAUUCUUUCGAAAAGCCUGGGCCUGAGCCCUGUACUCCUCGUACAACUGGCUUCAGCGUCCAGAGCCCGAAUGCAGAGCCUGCCGUGUCUGGUGUAUCGGCGUCGCGCUGCGAUUCACUCACUGCGUAGCUAGCUUCCAAGACCACCAAUACACUUGACGCUUGCGCUGAUCCGGCCGGACGCGAGGCAUCGCCACGUCACAAAUCCUGGACUGGCGUCCUGGAGCCAUCUUGCCUCCUCGUUGACUUCGGCAGAACUUUCUGUUGGAAUUAUCCAGUUGUGCACGAUUGCGGCUUCGAGGAACAGCUCUCGGUGGUCGGAAUACGUCUCCACGUCCUCUAUGACGCGUCAGUGGACGACGUGCGAUGACAAAGCUGGGCUGACGAACGAGAUGCCCACCACCAACUUGCCCUGCAACAGCCCAUGCAUAAGCAUAGAACUCUUGAUUAGAAUUACGAAACCUGUCUCUAGAGCCUAGUCUUCCACCAUCCUACCCCGGAUGUCGGUUAGCCGGAAACCCCAAGUCAAGUUCUUGACAUUUCAGUUACUGAGGACGAGCACGGUGAGGGAACGAAACUGGUGGAAGACGUUGACCAAAUCCCUUAGGAAGUUGUGAUACUAGGGUAGAAUUCGGUGUGGAGAAAAGUAAACGCCCACCUCAACGAUAUCCUCAAAGAGUGCGGCAAUACAACCCCUCCUUCUCUGAGGCCUAUUUAGGAUCAGGUUACCAUUGGCAGCCAACGAGAUGAUAGUCCCUGAGCCGUCCACAUCCACCGUCAAGUGAUCGCUGGGCGGGAUGAAAUAUUUUUGACGUGAACAGGUUCAUGUAUAAGGAAUUGAAUAUGCAGGAUGAACUUAAAUACAUGGUUAUAUUUGACAAUUUGCUGAAUAACACCUUACGAAUGGAUGUUGUCCAAAAAUUUAUAAAAGAUAGAAGUGUUAAGUUUGAUGUUGUAAUAGUGGACUGGCUUUAUACGGAGUUAGGAGUUGGAUUUUCAUCUGUAUUCAAUUGUCCUCUGAUAUGGUUUUCGUCUAUGGAUGUCCAUACGACAGUGUUGGCACUCAUAGAUGACUAUUUAAAUCCGGCUUACGCUCGACAUCAUAUGAGUACAGAAUAUUCUUCCAGUUUUUUGAACAGGGUGAAGGAACUUUGGACUAUAUCGAGAACAUGGUUAUAUCAUUGGUGGCAUCUUGACGAAAAAGAAAGGAUGUUUCGAGAGAUAUUCGGACCGGCUUCCGAAGAACGAGGUAUAAAAUUACCACAUUUCAACGACGUUCGCUACAAUGCAUCCCUCAUGCUUGGCAAUUCACAUAUAGUGGUUGGAGAAGCAAUUGCACUGCCGCAGAAUUACUGGCACAUCGGAGGAUACCACAUCAAAAAAACUGUUGAACCAUUGCCAAAGGAUUUACAAAAAAUCAUGGAUACGGCCAAAGAUGGUGUAAUAUACUUUAGCCUGGGCAGUUUGCUGAAAGGCAGAAAAAUACCGAGUGCAGUUAAAAAGCGAUUCCUAAACAUUUUUAGUGAGUUAAAACAGGAAAUUAUUUGGAAGUUUGAUGAACAAAUGACUGAUUUGCCUAAAAAUGUGCAUAUCGUUACAUGGGCUCCACAACAAAGUAUUUUAGCACAUCCUAAUUGCGUACUUUUUAUAACACACGGUGGUCUUCUAUCAACGUUAGAGACCAUUAAAUAUGGUGUACCAAUUAUCGGUAUACCAUUCUUUGCCGACCAAUACCUUAAUGUCAACAAAGUUGUCGCCAAAGGAGUCGGCAGGCGUGUAGAUAUAAGUGAAAACACUCCGGAAGAAUUAAGAUUUGCUAUAAGAGAAAUGAUGGCUAAUUCCAGUUACCGCACUCGUGUGAAGGAACUGUCAUCUCUGUUCAUCGCUGAUUCAGAUCCAGGACAGCGGUUGGUUCAGGGCGUGGAGUUAGUGGUCAGGACGAAAGGAGCACCACAUCUUCGCUCCGUCGCACUACGCGUGCCUUUUUACCAAAAACUAUACUUAGACCUUUUACUCUUAGUUAUAGGAAUUGUUUUUGGAAUUAUUGUAUUAAUAUCGUAUACUUGUAAAUAUUUGCGCACUUUCAUAUCCAGGUCUAAUCAGGGUAAGAAGAAAUUAAACUAAAUACGUUAAUUAUCUUCUGUUACACAAAGAAAUGUUAUUGCAAGAAAUCUAAAAUUUCUUAUCUUCUAAUAAAUGUCAUAUGUUUGUUUAAGAAACAAUAAUGUCUUGAGUUUUACUUAGCAUUUAGUGGUCUAUAAAUUUCUAUAGACACACAAACGUCAUACUUACUUAUAUAAUAUUCACUAUUGUACUGUUUAAAUGUUAUUAUAAAUAGAUCUUAGUUCCUUCUAUUAGUAAGAAAGCAAUAUUAUUAAAACAAAACCACCUUCUUCAGCUCGAAAAGUAUCUCUAAGUGAGACCAAAAAUGUCAUGAUAUAUUUUAAUGAUAGUUUCUUCUUUAUCACAUAUAAACCAAGCAAGUUCAAAACUAAGGGCGAUUCUAGCAAAAUUUAGCUUUAUUAAAUUUAAAGUUCCAUAUAAAAUACUUUUAUAACUGUACAGAUCUUUAGCCGAAUCCAUAAAAUCUUUUGGUCUAUCAAGUUAUGGAAGAACAUUCAAAUCACACUUGGAACUAAUAUAUAAUUUACAGUUACGUAUCUUAAAAGAAAUAAUUCCAGAAAAUUUCAAAACAAACAAUUAUCAAUCAAGAUCACCUAAUAUUUGCUUUAACCAAAAUUUUACCUAUACAUGAAAAAACUGAAUGCGACACAAUAAUGGAGAAAUAUUUCAAUAAAAAAUUUAAACACAAUAAAAAUAAAAUGGGCAACAUAACAACGCGCAGCAUCAUUAAUUCAAAAUUAUUGCUUCCAGAAUAUAUCAAUUCGUAUGGAAAGAGAACUAAAAGUAGUACCGAAACUCAUUCACCAAUUACUUAAGAACUUAAAAUAUAAAAUAAGAUAGUACUACCAAGAAUUUAUGAGAAUUUAAAAUCAAACCAAUACUACUAAAAUGACAUUUAUUAUUGUUAUUGUUAUAGUUUUUUUCAUACAAUGCAUAUACACACUACCACCCACUCUAUAAGAAGUAAUAAAAAUAAUCAAUGUAGCAAAAUAAUAUGAUUGUAAUUUAAAUUAAUAAUCAAGAAAUAAUUAAAUGGAACAACCUGUGUACGCUUUACUUCACAUAUUAAUACAGUUUGUUAAGAAAUGUCAUAAUAUAUUUUUAAUGUUUACCCACAUAAAUUAUAAUUACGAAAAGUGUUACAACAAGAGAGAUUUAAGUAAACUUAGUUGAUACUGUAUUAGGAAAUUAAUUAUACUUUUUUUGUCAAUUUACAGUUAAGUAACAGUUUAGUUCUAUGUCAUUGUAGUAGUUUUAGUACUAGUAAGUAGAUUAAGUUGUCAAAUUCAGGACGACACUGGUGCAUAAUAAAACUCGAGUGAGUUUAUGAUGGCACCUUUAAUAACGUGUUAUUGUUGUUUAUAUGUUUUCCUUUUAAAAUAAAUAAAUGAAUACAUCUUAAUAGAAGUACACACUAAUGAUAAAACAAUUGUUUCGUUUUUAUUGCUUGUGAUAUUGUUGUAUUAUAUUAUAACAUUAAAGUGAAUUAUAUUAAAAUAA